AAGGGAAUCUGCUUUGUUGAGAAGUUUUUGGGUGGGUCUAAUGUAAAAUCAACGGUCCAAGUUUGAAACUGCUACGGAAAGCACACCAUGGGCCGGAGGGAGAGCAAGCUGGAAUGCAUUGACGUCAGAGCCCAGCAGCUUUCAGAGCCGUUCAGCGCGAGGAGACUGCGCGAGCACCGCAUAAGAGACUCACUGAGAACAACACGAGCUAGGGCUCGCGCUCAGAAAGCAUCUCUGUUGCUUUGUCUUAACGGAGAUGCCGGAACGACUGCAAGUGCAGUUUAUAGAAUAUUAGUUAAUAGAAUCCGGUUGUAUUGAUGACUUGAAAUCAAUUGUGUUUUUGACUAAUCAGUAGCUUGUAACAAAGUGCAGAGCUGUUCGCUGUGGGUCGUCGCUACUUUUACUUAAAGGAUACAACAUCUGUAUUGACGAUGGUACUACAUAAGGUCCUGCUCUAGUCGCCCCUCACAGCCCUCCCCAUCUAUCUGCUAACCCCAUUCCUUGACCCCUGUCCCCUGACCCCUGUCCCCUAACCCUGUCCCUAACUCCUUUCCCUGUCCCCUAUUCCUAACCCCUGUCCCAGUCAUGGCAGCCUGCAGGAGUGGUCCCGAGGAUCAGAUUGCUGGCAUGUACGAGCUGGACCGAACGCUAGGUAAAGGCCAUUUUGCUGUGGUCAAACUGGCACGACACGUCGUCACUGGCCUGCUGGUGGCCAUCAAGGUAAUCGACAAGACCAAGCUGGACGCCAUGGCAACAGGCCACCUCCUACAAGAAGUGCGUUGCAUGAAGCUGGUGCAGCACCCCAACGUGGUGCGCCUGUACGAGGUGAUUGACACGCCCUGCAGGCUGUACCUCAUCCUGGAGCUGGGCGACGGGGGGGACCUGUAUGACUACAUCCUGCGCCACGAGGGAGGCGUGGCCGAGGGCGUGGCCAGGGUAUUGUUUGCCCAGAUCGUACGCGCCGUGGCCUACUGUCACCGUCUGCAUGUGGUGCACCGCGACCUCAAGCCAGAGAACGUGGUGCUCUUCAACCACCAGGGGGUCAAGAUCACAGACUUUGGCUUCAGCAGCCUCUUCCAGCCCGGCGCCAUGCUGAGCACCAGCUGUGGAUCCCUGGCCUACUCUGCCCCUGAGAUCCUUCUGGGGGAGGCAUACGAUGCCCCAUCCGUGGACAUCUGGUCUCUGGGGGUGAUUCUAUACAUGUUGGUGUGUGGGCACCCACCCUUCCAGGAGUUCAAUGACAGCGAGACGCUCAUCAGGAUCAUGGACUGUCGCUAUGCCACGCCCACACACGUCUCACAACACUGCCAAGAUCUCAUCUCCAGGAUGCUCCAGAGAGCGCCAUGCCAGCGGGCACCCCUGCAGGAGAUCGAGGGUCACCCCUGGCUGCAGGGUGUGGACCCAGCCCCCCAUGGCUCCUCCACCCCCCUCUCCUCCCACUUCAGCUUGACCCCAGAGGAGCACCAGUCCAUCCUGCACGCCAUGGUCAGCCGACACAUCGCUGACCAGGACAUCAUCCAACAGGCGUUGGAGGCUGAUCUCUACAACCACAUCACAGCUACCUACUAUCUGCUAGGGGAGCGUAUCCUUGGAGACAAGCAAGACCGGCCACCUCAGCUGUCACAGACCCCUCUGUUACCGUCCCUGGGUCUGCAGGACAGGGGGUUCCACCAUGGGGCUGUCAGAGGGGCUCUGCCUUCUGGCUCUGCCCACAGGGGAUUGUCUGGGUCUGGGAAACUUCUCGCCGCAAGGCCCCUGCUUCAACUUGGCCCUCCAGAGAACCCUCUGUCUGAGUACACUCCUGUACCCUGUCAAGUUCUCUCUUUGCACCCAACCCCCCCUGAUCCCCCCCUCAAGAGUCUGGGAGCCCUGCAGCUGAUCUGUGAGGAAGAGGAGGAGGAGGAAGAGGAGGAAGAGGCCCAAUUGCUCAGACAGGGCUUGCUCUCCAGCAAAGUACAGACAACACAGGCUGGUGUGACUACCCCCUCAGCUCCAGGGGGUUCUGGGGGGCCCCAGAGUCCCGCUAGACCAGCCCUUGGCCAGGAAGAGGGAGCAAGACAGCUGGGGCCUCUGGAGAGAAGCCUGACUGAAGAGGUGGAUACUGUGGUGGUGAGGAAGGAACAGGAAGAGAUGGAGGACCAGAAUGAGCAGAAAGAAGAGUGCACGAUGGAAGAAGAGGUUAGUCAGAACAGGGAAGAGGAUGAUCUACAUGAGCCAGCAGUACAGGAACCGGAAAUGAUGCGAUCUGAGUUUGUAUCCAUGUCUGACACAUCUGAACCACUGAAGGUGAGGUCAGGCAACCAUGUUACUGCUGACCAGCCAAUCAGCGGGGUGGACAACCAGGUUAACACAGUGGUAGACCCGCCCCCACCAUCACCCUGUCUUGAAGGGGUGGUGCAGUGUUGCCGGGGGCAAUGGGAAAUGCCUAAUUGGGAUCCCAGUUCUAGUGUUCUGGAGAACAACAACAACACAGCGGCCAAGCCCAGCCAGAGCUGUUCCCUCUCCAGGAACCACUGUGUGGACCUGGGAACAGAUGGGGUGGAGGCACGUAGGGUGGAGGUGCCCAGCACCAAGGGGGAAGAUGGAGGCAACACAGAGGAAGGGCUCCACCUGGCGAGGUCCGACUACCAAAAUGCACCUCCGGACAUGUGUGUGGCGAAAGAGGCGGGCUGUGAGGCGGCACUGAGGGUGGAGCCUGGGAAAGGGAAGAAGCUAAGAGAACGGCUGCUGAAGCUCCCGUUGUGUGAGAAGGCCCUUUCCUUCAACAUCCAGCCCACCUCCAAGGAGAAGCUGCAGCCCUUUGCCCAGUACAACUGCUGUCAUGUCCUUUAGGUGUUGGGCUGGUCUGAUCUGGUCUGGGCCGGGAUGUGCUGGCCUGGCUGGGAACUACUUUUUUAACUCGAUCAAAACUCCUGUAUUGAAAUAAGCUAUUUGAAUAGAAACAAGUGUAAAAGGUAUUGACCGCUUAAAAACACUACUGUGAAGGGUAUUGACAGGAACUUAUGAUCUGUACCUGGACCUUGACUCCUUUCACUGUGGAAUAUAAUUCAUAGAAUUACUGAGAGUUUUGACAUUCUCCUUCUGUCCGGCUGUGUGUGUAUGUGUGUGUGUGCAUGUGUGUGUGUGUGGAGAUUGGGAAGGUAUCCUUUUUUCAACUCCAGCACAAAAUGCCCUGCUUAACUUGCUACCUGAACUUCAUCACAACGGACUGUGGAAAAGAGAGACUGUUCUCAAAGCUCCAGAAAGUUCUCAACAUUCUACCUGAACUUUAUUCUACUGUGACCUCACCGGCUUGGUGUUCUGCCCCCCUAACCGGGUUAGCCCCUCCUCUCUUAACUUAAAGCUGAACUUGCUGCUCCCCCUCUGAGAAACCUAAGGGUUAGGGUUGAGCUCCACACCCACAUCUUCUGCCUUAGAUAGCAACCUGAACCAAGACACAUUUUGCAGGCAGAAUAUGUGGAAACCUGUAAUCUGACAUUACUGGUUUACUGGCCUGACAUUCCUAAAAUCCAGUGUCACUGCAGGCCUAUAGUAAUAAUAAUAAUCUGUCCAAUUAGCAGACAGUUUUAUUCAAAGCAACAUAGAAGAGGGAUUUGAACUUGCUACCACUUGAUCUGCAGUAAUAUUCUCUACCACUGAGCUGUACCCAUCCCAAUGCUUUACCACUGAGCUAUACCCAUCCCCAUGUUCUACCACUGAGCU